AAAGUAUUUACAAUAAUGAAAAGUCUACGGGAAUGGCAGUUUAUUGUUUUAUCCAUUUUAGCCAUUGCAAAGGCCCUGGACUAUGAUGAGAGGAAAGAACGUUAUAGCUCAUCAGUUUUGGGCCUAAUGAAAUUGUACGAACUGGAACAGCAAUAUAUUAAAACACUUCAAGUAUAUGCAGUAGAAAGGAACAAUAGCAUUUUGACCAAAUAUCUAAGUUCGAUUGAACUCAAUAAUGUUAACAAGAAAAGUUAUAGAGAACGUGAAGAGCAUGUGUCCAACAUAUUGAAUGCCUUCACCUUAAUCAGACGCACGCAUCAGGAUUGGCCCAAAUGGCAAAAGUUCAUGAAAACAAUUUUGAAUGCCAGCGAAAUGGUAAAAUUGAAUGCGAUUGUAUCUCAAGCGCCCGAUAAACAGGAUAUGAAAGAGAUGCUUGAGAAUAUGCAACGUGCUGAGAAAAUUAAUAAUCUCCAUGCUGUGGAUUUAGUGCAAGGACGUUUGCUGCACAAGAAAUACGAAAUUAGACUUUCCAUGCGCGAUUGUGUGGCUAUUGGUCGACAUAAAUACGAAAUAGGAGACUAUGCCAGAGCUCUUAUGUGGUAUGAUUCGGCUAGCAAAUCAACAAAAAAUGAAUUUAUUGACAUAUUAGACGAUCCUGAAGCAGACCUUAAGCAGUUAUAUGCCGAAACUAUAAAGGGCCAAAAAACACUGGAAGCCAUUAACAUAUCAUCAUCAUCAUCAUCAUCAUCAGAGAUAGAUAAAUUUGAUGGCAAUUUAAGUAAAGAGAUGACCUCCUACCAUCUGGGUUGUCGUGGACUUUUUUUGCCGCCUGGGAAAUUGGUUUGUCGUUACAAUUUUACCACUUCUCCAUUCCUGCGUUUGGCUCCAUUAAAACAAGAAGAAAUUAAUUUAGAUCCUUAUAUAGUUGUAUACCAUGAUGUACUCCAUGACAGAGAAAUUGCCCAAAUGAAAGAAGAGAUGGCAAAUGCUCAUAUAUCGAAUGCUUGGAUAGAAGAAAGGAAGGCAAAUCAAUCCCAAAUGCGACAAGUUAUUGGAAGAGUUUCCUGGUUAACGGACAGUUCAAAUUUCAUGGAUAGCGUCAAUCAACGUAUUAUGGAUAUGACAGGAUUUAGUAUGAAAGGCAUAGAGUCGCUACAAGUGUGCAAUUAUGGACCAGGAUGCAAUUUUAAGCCUCAUUAUGAUUACAUGGCUGAAGGUUAUGAACCGCCUAAUAUUUUAACUUUGGGCGAUCGUUUGGCUAGUGUUAUUUUUUAUGCUAGUGAAGUUCAUCUAGGUGGCGCCACUGUAUUUCCAAGACUUGAUGUUGCAAUAACCCCCAAGAAGGGUGCUGGUUUGGUCUGGUAUAAUACGUACGAUGACAGCACACAUGAUCAACGAAGUCAACAUGCUGUAUGUCCCACACUUAUGGGCUCCAGAUGGACUUUAACCAAAUGGGUUCAUCUGUCUCCUCAAAUGUUCCUAAAACCCUGCAGACCCAGAAAAUAGAAAAGAAAGUGUAGUAAACAUCAACAUAUUGUGGGCAACACUGAAACAUUCCUUUUGUUUUUGCUACAUCUAAGCGAAAAAAUAAAUUCAAAACAUCUAACAUCUAAUUUUCCUCAUUUUACGGUUCUUUAGUCAUGCUAAAGAGCAAACAAUUAAAUAAAUAUCAUAGUUUAAUCGA